GGAAGGAACUGCCGAUGCUAAGUGACAGAUGGCUAGCUGUUAUGUGAGUGAGUCUGAGGGCAAAAUGGCUACAGCUUACAAUAUGUUUCAGUUAGAAACAACGUCUAUUAUGGCCGUUGUCGUCGAGACGGCAAUGACAGAAAUGGGCAAAUUUUUGACCACCGGGCCGAACUCUUACGUUUGCAAUUCGGAGAGAGAGCUGUACACAAUUAUGAAUCUGGUGACAGGGGAGGCUAUUCGUAAAAUCUGCCAACUAUUCCUAGUGGUCUCCUCAAGUUUACAAAAUGAGAACGAUAAACUGAAGACCAAGGUGGAGCAGAUGGAUGAAGUUCUGAAAACCAAGGUGGAGCAGAUGGAUGAAGAUAUGAAGGCAUUGACUGAGAAGGCUGAACAUUAUAGAGCAUUACUGGCUAAAAUGCAGGCACAAGCAGAACCGAAAGGACCCACGCAUAUUCUGCUCAAUGGAAUGAUUUUUGCAAUUCCACCAGUUGGUCUCUCAAUGUUCUCUGGAAUCACAGCGUCUUCAACAUUGCCAGGGAAUGUCAGUCAAGCAAACACUGUCACUAAUGCGAUGUCAGUCUGUGCAGGUCCUGCAAAGGUUUGCAGCAAACCCACAGAGAUGUCUUCAUUGGAGAAUGACUCCUUUCUGGGAGACACAGAUGGACUGAAUACAGACCCCUCUCCAAGAGACACUGAAUCCAACGAAGAGCAUAUGAGAGCUGCUUUGCCAGAGGGCAACGAGAGAGACAGCCAUGAAAUCCAGAAAAACAGCAAUACUACUAAAAGGAUGCGAUCCAAAGAAACCAAAUGCUUCAAGUGUGAUGUUUGUGAGAAGACCUUCAGCCGGAACAACCUACUGGUACAACACAAGCUAACUCACACAAGACCCUUCAAGUGUGAUGUGUGUGAAAAGACCUUCAGCAGGAAGGGGUCACUGGAAGCUCACAAGCUAAUUCACACACUGGUACAUCAGAUGCUAAUUCACACAGAAGAAAGGCCAUUCACUUGUGGUCAAUGUGGCAAAACAUUCACAAUGUCUAAGCAGCUCGAACAUCACAUGUUGCGUCACAGGGAAAAAACGCUCAGUUGCAAAGUCUGUGGAAAUACAUUCUCUACCAAGAAAGAUCUGAAACGACAUCAGCUUGUUCAUGCAGUGGAGAGACCGUUCAAGUGCCUGACUUGUGACAAGGGUUUCACAUCAAGGAAACUGCUUAUCGAGCACGAGAGAAUCCACACCGGUGAAAAACCAUACAGCUGUGCUGUAUGUGGGAAGAGUUACAGACAGCAUGGUGGCCUAAAUAUUCAUAUGAGAACACAUACAGGUGUACGGCCGCACUCAUGUUCAGAGUGUGGUAAGGGUUUUAUGACAAGCAGCAGCCUCAAAAACCACAUGGUUGUUCAUACAGGGGAGAAGGCAUUUAAAUGUGAGACAUGUGGAGCUGCUUUCGGCCAUAAAGCAAACCUUCAGAGACACCAAGUUCUUCACACAGGGGAGAGACCGUACAAAUGUAAAGUGUGUGGGAAAAGCUACCUUCAGUCCACCGACCUAAAAGCUCACAUGCACCAUCAUGGGGCAACCAAACCAUUAAUGUGUGACCUAUGUGGAAAGACUUUUAUGUACAAUUUUCAAAUGAGACGACACAAUCUAAAUUGGCACACAGCUGAAGGAGAGAAGCAGAGGGAACGACAGAGAAGAGAGAGAACGAGAGAGAGAACCGCCAAGAGAGCGGGAACCUCAACAAAGCCAUUCAGUUGCGACAUAUGUUUGAACGGCUUCAGCUCCAUGUUAACUCUGAAAAACCAUCAACGAAGUCACACAGGACUAAAGCAAUACUCUUGUUCCAUUUGCGGAAAGAACUUUGCCUAUAAAAAUACUUUUGACUAUCACAUGAGACUUCACAGUGGGGUGAAGCCCUACGCUUGUAAAUACUGUGAAAAGAAAUUUGUUCUUAAGCAAGCUCUAGAAGGACAUGAGCGAACCCAUACAGGUGAAAAGCCCUUCAAAUGCACUUAUUGUGACAAGACUUUCUCAGUCAACACCAAUCUCAAAAGGCAUGAGCGAGUCCACACGGGAGAGAAGCCAUUCAAAUGUGACGUCUGCGGGAGAGGUUUCAGCCAAGCCAACAACGUCAAAGCCCACAUGCAGGUCCACACCGGAGUUAGGCCUUAUUAUUGCAAUAGAUGUGGAAAGGGCUUUUCUGACAUAAGACACUACAAAAACCAUAGCUGUAAUGGUGUGGCAGCAACACGUGAUCGGUCUCGUAAAUCUUCAGACCGCUCUUUCAGAAAUAAGAAAGGAAGUGAAGACAGUAGUGCUUGACUUAAUGCAUCUGUGAUGUAGACUCAGUGAUAUAAUCUCUAUCAUUCACAGUGGGGCAACUUCCUGCUUUCAGACAUCAGGAACAACCGGGAUGUAUCUGUAGGGUUAAAAGUUCUGGGAUGGGUUUCUGGAAAGCCUCGUAGGAAAUGAAUGUGUCCUUUAGAUGAGUGCCUGCUGUAAUGCUUGGAGAUAUUGCUGUAAGUCUUAGGGUCAAUGUUCAUGAGGCAAAAUUCCUCAUGAAGGCAUGACUGUUUAUUUCUGACAGUGUACUGAAUUGCUUAAGAUUUUAUUUUAUACUUGUGUAAAUCAUUAAACACCUAAUUCAUGUGAAAAUAUCAGAAUGAGUCAUUCACAUUUUGCCUGUCAUUUUGUCUCCUUUGCCAAGAUAAUCCAUAGGAUUUCUGUUUGAGCUAUACAUUUUAUUUUAUAUAUAUAUAUACACUGAACAAAAAUAAACGCAACAUGUAAAGUGUACUUAUUUCUCUGAAA